AUUGGCCCGGACUAGAGAAGGGGGCGGCCCCCCGGCGCGCCCCGGCUCGCUCAUUGGUGGUUGCUCGUGGCGGCGCUGAAGCGUCUUCCGCCCGGCGUUGGGAAGCGGCAGCGGCGGACAGAUGGCAUCCAACUACAGGAAACCUGGCUUAAGCACAACCCAGCGGAAGAAAAGUAGCUUGAAACCUGAACUUACAGAAGAGCAAAAGCAGGAGAUAAGAGAAGCUUUUGACUUGUUUGAUACCGAUGGAUCUGGAAGCAUCGACAUAAAAGAACUCAAGGUUGCGAUGCGUGCCUUAGGCUUUGAGCCAAAGAAAGAAGAAAUUAAGAAAAUGAUAGCAGAUAUUGACAAAGAAGGAAGUGGCACCAUUGACUUUGAAGACUUCUUGGCUAUGAUGACACAAAAAAUGAGUGAAAAGGAUUCAAAGGAAGAAAUCUUGAAGGCUUUCAGAUUGUUUGAUGAUGAUGGCACAGGAAAAAUUUCAUUUAAAAAUUUGAAAAGGGUUGCCAAGGAGCUGGGAGAAAACUUAACAGAUGAAGAACUUCAGGAAAUGAUCGACGAAGCUGAUCGAGAUGGAGAUGGAGAAGUGAGCGAGCAAGAAUUUUUGAGAAUCAUGAAGAAGACUAGCUUAUAUUAGUAUUUGUUGCCUUGCUUUACAGCUGCUCUGAAAGAUAACUGGGAAAAGACUUAAAAAUGGGUUUGUCUCCCCUGCAUAUUAUAUGCCAAGUCUGAAACGACAGAAUUUUGGCUCAUUCUUCUUUUUCAGUGAAGUUAAUUGGGGAAGGGGGGCUUCAGUACCCAAAGGAACUGUCCAAGAGAGGUACUGCAGAAAUGAAAAAGAAGGAUGAACUGAACCAGCAAGGUAAGGCCCCUUGAACCCUGGCCCCCAAAUGAGGAUGUCAGUGAUGCCAUCUUGGAUAAAGAAUGCUGUGUCCUAACUAUUUAACUGAAAAAAGUGAACGACAUCUUGCCUGAGACGUGAAGGUUACCACUGCUGCUGGGAAACACCAAGUCUGACUUUCCUAAGGCUACAUAAUAAAGAGAUGAGCUUAUAACACCUUCAAGAAUGAAAGUACAAGCACAGUAUUUUUAUUCCUUUUAAGGCUUUUAGGUUAUCUUGUGGUAUUUCUGUCCUUUUGUUGAUUUCCAUAAAAGACUCUGAAAUCAGUUGCAUAUUUAUUUCUGUAUGAAACACUGUAUCCUUGUGGCAAGUUGGUUUUGGACCUCAAGGGAAGCAAAUGUAGGCAACCAGUUUUAGUUCUUCAUUCAGAGCAGCGUGCCAUCAAUAGGUGUUCUUUUGUUUAACUAUUCCAUCAUCUGAUCAUCUGAAACCUGGUUUACUUGAGUCUCACCUGUUUGGAUCAUCAAAGGUUAUUGAGGUCUCAGUUCCAGAGCACGCUAUGGUAAAUUCUCUCCCUGGCUAUUUACAGUCAAGUGGCAGGGAAGAACAGCAUCUGAAGUGAAAAAAUAGCUCACCUUAGGCAGCUGUGAAACAGUGAAUAGAGUUAGAGCCAUGCAAUUCAAAUUCUUUUUAGACAUCACUAUUUUUAAUUAAUUUUUAAGGAGUAUUUUCAUUUUCUUUAGUAUUUUUUGUAUAUGCUCUCACUCCAGGACUUAGCAUCCAUGCUAUGACAACACGGCAGUGAAGCACAACAUGACACCUAACUAUAUGCUCCUGCAAGGAGGGUUUAUCCUUGCAUCCUGAUAAGACAAUCAGCUUCAAAACUGCAAGGAAAUCCUAUAACCCUAAGCCACCUCUCUCCCUCUAAUAAGCUCUUUGAAGGAGAGUUUGUUACUGCUCACAAUGGCAACUAGGUAGCAAAAUGUUGGGAAAGGGUUCAAUGGGAAGAGGAGGGAAAGGACAGAGUUUCACCAGUAUGGGUUAAGAUCCCUCUUUCCUCCAAACAGCUUCACAGCCACUAGCAAGGUUUGUCUCCAGAGAACUGUGUAGAAGAAAGGGAGAGACUGGAUUAGCUCCCUAUUACAGCCCCUUCUGUAAGGGCCCAGCAGGGGGAGAAUUAGUUUCAGCAGUGGAAAGAAGUGUUCGUUCACGUUUCUUCCUGGCAUAGAGAUGCGGAGCUGGCACAUUCUCUCCAAGUCCUCCGAGUUUUGUGCUCUGAACUACACUCUUCGAAUAAAGCUUCUCUAACCUAUACAGAAGCAGGCUUACAUGUGUGGGGGAACAGGGAUUGCAUAGGGCCCUAAAAAAACAGCAGAGAUCUAUCUGUGAAGUCCCCUAAUUAACAUGUUCGGUGGCAGUAGAUGUAACUGUAUGCUUUUUUAAAUGUCUGUUAACUUUGUAUAGUGUGAAAUAAAACUGUUUUGCAAGUUAA